GUUGCUUUCCCCUGGCUGUUGCGUCGCUGUGACAGUAUCUACAGCGCAUCCCAGCUGCCGCAAGUCGCACUGUCUCAUCUGCUGAUUCUCUCGCCGACUGACCGCACGUGCGCUCCAUGAUGAGCGAGAAGGAGAGCGAGGAGCAGAAGAAGGCCGAGAGGGCCAAGCGCUUCGGCAUCGAGUCAUUCGAGGACAAGAAGGCAAAGAGGGUCGAGAGAUUCGGGGCACCUGCCGGCGGCGGUGGUGGGAGUGAGGAGCAGAAGAGAGUGGAGAGGGCGCAGCGGUUCGCGCUGAGUGGUGGUGGUGCUACUGGUGCUGGUGGCGAGACUGAGGAGGAGAAGCGCCGGAAGAGGCAGGAGCGGUUCGGCACGUCGCCCACUGGUGCUGGUGGGGACAGCGAGCGUGAGCGGCUCAAGAGGCGUGCCGAGCGGUUCAACCUCUUCGACGCCGAGCUGGAGAAGGACAAGGCCAAGAAGCGCAAGGAGCGGUUCGGACCGCAAAGCGAGGCUGACAAGAUACAGGCGAGGAUGGAGCGGUUCGGCACCGCCAGUGAAGCAGACAAGGCCAAGAAACGAAUGGAGCGCUUCGCAGCCCCCACUCCCGCUGCACCAGCACCAGCAUCAGCCCCUGCUGCGGCCCCGGCGCCCGCCCCUGCUGCCACAUCCGAUGCCGUCAUGAGGGCGGAUGAGACCAAAGCCAACGGCGUGGAGCCCGAGGAGAAGGUCGCCGGCCUCCAGGCGAUGGAGACCGCGCCUGCCGCUGCGGAGGAGACGCCAGCAGCCGAGGAGGGAGAGGAAGAAGAGGAGGAGGCGCCCAAAGCUGCUGCUGCAGCUGCAGCUGCAGCGGCUGCGCUUAGUGCGGAUGCGGGUGCAGCAGUGGGCGGCAAGAAGGUGAUCAAGGCGAAGGCCAAGGGGAAGGCCAAAGCCAAGACCAAGAGCAAAGCCAAGGCCAAGGCCAAGAAGAAGUGAUGAGGAACACACUGGCCAGCUGUGGGGUCGACAGAUGGAUAGAAUGGG